CCAAGCUCUAUUGUGCCUGUAACGCACACAAUGUCGUCCCCCUCUGCUGCCUCGUCAUCCUCAUCCCGCUCAUCGUCACCAGAGCUCGCAGAGGCUUCUUCGUCUUCAGCGCCCACCCAGCGCCUGCAGACCAAUACUGCGAAUACCAGCCGUUACAUCCCUCCUCUCAACUAUCAGCAUGCGCAAUUCCCAGCCUCCAGCGGCCGCGACUUCAAGGAUCUUCGAGCUCCGGGCCAGACUGGAAGCAGUUCGAAGAGUCAGUCGCAAGGCAAGCAGGUAUGGAUCAUCAAGAUCCCUGACGGAGUGGAUCCCUCUCAGCUCGAUGGCCUGAAAGUCUCGCUGCCGGAUCGGACCGCCAGUGACAAGCCCCUUGCGACUCUCACGAGCAAGCGCAAAGAGGCAAAUGGUCAAGUGAAGGACACUUACCAGCUCUUUGGCUCCUCUCUCUCCACAAAGCAUGACCUGCCCUCCGAUGCACGGAAUCCUCAGUCGGGUCUGAAGAAGUCGAAAGCUAAGCGGGACGGAGAGAAGAGUCAGCUGGUCGAGGAGGCAGAAGGCCAAGAGCGCAGCGAGGGAAAGGAAGGCUACGCAGGACAUAUGAGUGGCAUCAGAGCCUACAUACCCGUGGCAGGCUCGAAAGAAGGUCUAGUCACUGCUGCUUCUGUUCCAAUUGUGCAACACCUCGAAUUUGUGAUGGCACCGCCGGCAGUCAAGAACGAGGAGAGCAGCUCUUCUGCCAAGACACAAGCAAAGCAGAAGGUCGGCCCCAAACUGAGAGAGCUCUCAGGCUACUUCGCUCCCGCCGGCUCGUUGUACAACGAAGAGGCGGCCUCCUCGAAAACUUCGGUCUCCUCCUCGCCUCAAGAAUCGCAAUCCACAUCGGCAAUUAGCGCUUCCGAGAAGAAGAGAAAGUCAGCAGAGGUCCAUGCUGACGACAGUCUAGAAGGCUCGUCGAAGAAGAAGGGCAAGACGGAGAAGAAGAAGGACCCGGACGCCAAAGCGGCCAGCAGUCCAAAGAAGGAGAAGAAGCGGAGAGACAAGGACGCAAAGGCGUGAAUGCCAGCCUCCGAUCUCACAAUCUGGUGCAUUACUUUAAAGUUACAUUCUAUUACAAGACUACUCGUACCUCAGAGACUGAAUAUCUCUUUCAGGAGCUGCAUCGUGUGCGAAGGCCCCUCGACUGUGUGGCCAAUGGUCCGGGGGUCAGAGAAGAUUUCGUAGUCGUUUCCUCCCUACAUGGGGCGAUUAGUGAAAGAGUGUCAGAUGUCUUUCACCGCAAUGGCUCCGACGGACGCUUCGACAUUCGGCCAACUCACCUCGUAAGUCUUGUCUCCAAAGAAGUGGAUCUCCUCCCACCCGUCCUUUUCAACGUGGCUCAGGGCAAAGGUCUUGUCCCAGCCACAGGGAAAGACGUCAAAGGAGAUUUGACCACCAAUGGAGAAGGUCA